AUGCAUUGUACUGGUGUAUAUCUUGAUUGAUAUCCUUCGCGUUAAGGAUAUUGUAAUCUUAUUAUCUGUCUAUCACUUACUUAAUAAAAGUUCAUUUUAUUGAAAAAAAAAGGGAAAAAAAAACUAGAAGACUCACCAUCUCAUAAGAAAGCACCAAACACCCCAAAACCAUCUCAUCUCAUCUCAUCCCCCCAACAGAAUCAAAUAAUAUAACAUAACAAAACAUACCUAAAAACAUGGCGCCCACCCCCCCAAGCGGAGGGGGAAAAUUCUCACUAGGAGGGACGCUCAAUGUAAAACCACCUUUGGAUCCCGAAAGAAAAAAACGGGAAGCAAAAGCACAAGCCGAAGGACUCGAACGGGAAAAAAAAGCCACCGAACAAAAAGCUAAAGAAUCUCAAGCGAGCGCUGCUGCUCGGAAACCCGAGAAAUUCUCCCUAGGAGGAAAACUUGAUAUUAAACCGCCUCUUAACCCUGAAGAAAAAAGACGCGAGGCGCAGAAAGCGGAACAAAAAGCUGCUGAGGAGAGAGAAAAAGAAAAACAACGCGCUAAAGGUGCUGAAGCAAAUGCGAAAGAGAAAGCGAAAGCUACAUCUACAUCUAAAUCGAAAAUCAGAGCGGUAGAUAUACGCGAAUUACGACAUCCCGAGACACAAGUUGCAGAUAAGUAUAAACAGUGGCAAUGGGAUCCUGACCGCGAAGAAGUGUGGGCGCAGAUAUUGGAUACGGAGGCUCCGGGCGGAGAGAGAACUAUCUAUUUAUCAUCGUGGGAGAGAUGGUUGAAAAGUCGUCAGGAGGAAUCGGGUGGGAGGGGGAGGAGUAAACGGUCGCCUUCUCCUAGUGAGCGAACGAGACGUCCGAGUAGGAAGCCAAGAGAUCGUUCUGCGGAUCAGAGUUUGCCGAAACCGGAGAAAAAAGCGGUGCGACCACAGAGAGAAAAGAAGGAUUUUCAAGAUUUUGCAAAUUCACGGGGUUACGAAGGUCAGACGGAGACCCGAGGGGCUCGUGAUAAAUCUCGAGUAAGAGCCGGAAGUACUAAACAGAGAUCAACUAGUAAAGCGAGACCUACCUAUGACUCAUUGGGUCAAAACCGUGAUCCUGAAAUCCCAUAUCGUUCGCGACGAGGUGAUGACGGAAGAAAUUCAAGAGAGGACGUCGAAGUGGAUAAAAGGAGAGAUCCAGAACGUAGACAACGAAGAGAAGGUCAUGAAGAAAGACGCCGCAAGGAAGAGCGAGAAGAAGAAUCAGACGAGGAAGGGCGCCGUAUAAGAGACCACCGCCGAAGACAAGAAGAAGACCGCUUACAAGCAGAAAAGGACGCCCGAAGAGCAGCACGAAAAGAGCGUGAACAAAAACAAGAAGAAUCAGAUGAAGAAGGACGACGUAUAAGAGACCACCGCCGAAGAAAAGAAGAAGACCGCUUACAAGCAGAAAAAGACGCCCGAAGAGCAGCACGAAAAGAAUCUCAACUUAAAGAAGAGAAACCCCUUAGAAAAAAAGAGCAUCGUAGACGAGAAGAGUAUAAAGAAGAUGAAUAUUCACAGAAUGAAGAAACUCGAUAUGAACAACCGAGAAGAGAUGAUCGGAUUGGCGGUAGAAAUCGAAGACGGGACGGAGAAGACGACAUUGAGAAAGAGCGUCUCAAAGAGGAAAAUUUAGAGAAGAAAAGUAGACAGAGAGAAAGAUAUCGUGUCAGCGAACGACAGCGUGAAUACGAAGAAAAUCCUUUUGCGCCUGAUUACGGUUCUGGAUAUAGUGGUGAUCAGUAUCGUCGCCAUGGAUCGAAUAAUGUCAACCCUAAUGUAUAUCCAGACCCGCGUUUAGAUCCUCGUUUAGAUCCUCGUUUUGAUCCACGUAUAGACCAAAGUGGUCAUUAUAAUUCCAGACGACCGAAUCAGUACUGA